AUAAUAAUAAUAAUAAUAAUAGUUAUCCAGAAGUUUCUUAUACAUUUCCUAAUAAUAAUAAUACCAUUAAUUCAUUGCAAUAUUCACAAUUUACACCAUAUUUUAAUCGAAAUUAUGACGAAACUAUUGAACAUUUAAAUCAAGCGGUAAAUUCAAAUUUAUCAAAUGUUAUUUCAUCAGAAAAUUGUGAAUCAUUUAAAAAUCAAUUAAAUAAUUUAAAUUUUAAAUUUAUUGAUGAAAUAAAUGAAAUAGGUGAAAGAAAUUAUUUUACUAAUUAUAAUAAAACUAUUAAUACUACUACUAAUACUACUGCUAAUACUACUACUAUUAAUGAUAUUAAAGAUAUUACAUUACCAAAAAUUAUAAAUACAUUACCAAAUGAUAUAUAUAAUAAAUUAAAUAGGAAUAUUAUCAAUGAUGAAAGAUUAUUACAUAAUCAUUAUAUUCAUGAUGAAUAUAUUCAACGUUCUAUGUGUAAUCAAUUAUAUCCUUCAUUAACUAAUACAAAUAAUACUGAUGAUUAUAAUAUUACUAAUAAUGAUGAUAAUAGUAGUAUUACAAAUUAUUUAGUACAAAAAUCUGUCAGUAAACAAUCUAUAUCAAAUAUAAAUACAUUAAAUGAUAUAACAUAUUUCAAUAAUGGAUCUAAUCAUAUUGGUUUAUCAACUGAUUAUAGUAUAACUGGAUUAUUAGGUUUAACAAUGGCAGCAUCAAAUGGUUUUAAUACAUUAUAUGGAAAUGGAUAUACAUUUGGUGGGAAAAAUAAGAACUUGAAUUUAUUGAUUAAUGAUACAAUUGAAAAUUUUCAUAUCCAACAACAACAACGACAACAAGAAAGUGAACAACAAGGUCAUUUAAACGUUGAGUUUUCACAUCAACAAAAUACAAUUCCACAAUAUUCAUCAUCUCUUUCUCAUCUUCAUCAUCAUCAUCAACAUCAUCGUCAUCAUCAUCAUCAUGAUAAUAAUCAUACACAUGAUCCAGAGAAAUAUUCUGAUUAUGUACAACAACAUCAGAAUUUUCUUUCUUAUAAAUUAUCUCAAAGUCUUAAUGUACAUAAUGAGAAUGAAAAUCAAAUUGAUGAAAAGAAUCAACUGGAUAACAUAGAGUGUUCAACAUUUAAACCAGAAAUGUUUAAAAAUUACAAUGGAUUAAUAAUUAAUAAUAAUACAUCUCAUAGGAAUGAUAUGAAUGAAAUUGUAGAAACAUUGUCCAUCUCAGCAUCAACAUCAUCAUCAUCAUCAUCUUCUACUUCAAUACCGAUAAUAGCAACAACAAUGGUAGCGAAAGCAACUACAGUAAUGACAGAUACAGUAACACGACCACAAUUGUUCACAUCAUCCUCAUCAUCAUCGUUAAAAUUAAUUUCAAGUACGCCAAUUCAUAAAAACAAAUUGAUAGGAAAAGAGCACAUCAAUAUACAUCGUAAAAAUCGAUUACAGAAUUUCGAAGUGAAAUGUACAGAUACUACAAAGUUAAUAACAAACUGUUCUUCAAUAACCACAUUAGAUCAUGAUUCGCCAACAAUAAUCAAGAAAUCUAUUGAACAUAAUGACAAUUCUACAAUAAAUGAUAGUAAAGAUGAACUUUAUUAUUCAUCAACAUCAUUUUCAUCAUCUUCAUCUCCAUCAUUUACCACAUUCAAUAAUAAUGAAUCCGGAAUUUCAUUUAUAUUGCCGACAAAUUCAAAUCUUUCGAGUAAAUACUUUAAUCGAUUAUCGAAUAGAACUUCUACAAUAAAUGAUUCCUUAAAUUUUAUGGAUUCAGCAUUAGAUAAUAAACCUUUAUCAAAUAUAAAUCAAAAUAUUGAUCAAGGAAGAUUAUCAAAAUUUUCUGGAUCUGAAUUAAUGGCAAAAAUUCCAUGUAAUGAUACAAAUACAAUAUAUGGUCAUAUUGAACAAGAUUCUUUGUUAAAUAAUGAACCUGUAUUUAAUAAAGAUAAUUAUAAAGAUGGAUUCCAGUCAAAUAAUGAUUUGUCUAGAACAUAUAUGUCAUAUUUUAUACCUUCUUCUUCUUCUUCUUCUUCAUCAUCUUCUUCGCCCUCUUUCCAAUCAUCUCAUUUAACAACUAAUCUACCAGAAGUUACUACAGAUAUUGUUAAAUUUCCAUUUUAUUUAAUGUCUGAGAAAGCAAAUAAUUCAUACUAUACACAAACAUAUACAAAUUUAGAUUUGAAUGAAGCAGAUUGUAUAACAACAGAAUUUUUUUCUAGAUCAUUAACCGAUAGAAUUAAUAUACAUCGAAAUGAAAUAAAUAAUGAAGAGGAUACUUCAAAUGAUAUUUCAUCAAAUCAUUGUAGAGAUACACCAGAAUUUCCAACACAAUAUUCAUUAAUCUGACAGAAAUAUUAAAAACCUCAGAAAUAAGAAUUUUAAUAAUUAGCUUCAUUGUAUUUUAUUGUUAAAUCUUCAAAUACAACUUACAACGUUGUAGUAGUGUUAUUUAACACAGUAAAUUAAACGAACAAUUUUAACUACUUACAAUAAAACAGUAGUUAAGUUUAUAUCACAAAAGAUUUUGGUGCCGAAAAACAAAACAGAAAACCUUUUUGUCAAAGUAAUAAGCACUUUCCAUAGAUGGAAGAACAAAUCGAAGUUUUGAAAUGAAUAUAUAUAUAUAUAUCGUUUAUCUUCAGUUUUACUUGAAAUGUUUUAAAGUAUACUCUAUUAUUGAUGGAGACUAGUUCCUUCUUUUUGUUUUCAUUAUUUUUAAUUGCUGAAUGUAAAAAUAUUAAGUACAUAGUAAAUCUUAAAUAUUGAUUAUUCUAAAUUUUAUAGAUUAGGAUUACUAGAAGUUCCAUAAUAUAUCACUUUUACUGCAUAUUGAAUAAUGAACUGAUUCAUAUUGUAGAUGAUAAACGAAGUUAUUCUAUAGAACUAUACUUUCUAACAUUAGAACAAAUUUCGAAGGCUU